GCCGCUCUCGCGUCAUCACAGAUAAAAGUGAAAGUAAAAGAAAGCUGAUGUUUCGCCAUUUUAAACAGACUGUCGAUUCCUUCCACUUUAAAUUAUUAUUACAUUUUUCAUAGAAACUUUUAUAAAACCUUAGACAGGAAUUUAUGUGAAGCUGUGAUGGAAGAGAUGGAGGAGUUUGUGAAUCGGGUGGCUGUGUAGAUUUUGAUGAAGGUGAUUGUUCACGCCUCCCUUUACAGCUUCAUUAUGGAUGACACACAAACAUCCAGAGAUGAAGAUUUUUCUCCAGGAUUCAGUUCAGUUCAGCAGGAGAGAUCAGAGCCAGAGCCCAGCUGUGUGUCUAUGAGGAGUGACGGGUCUAUGGGUCAUCCAAUAGAUUUUAAGAAUGACGAUACACAGACUGAUCUCAGGUCAAUCCUGCCACAAAGAUCAGCCGUAACAAACCCUGUCUGUGAGAAGAAUGACCAGUCUAUGAAUCAACUACAGGACUUUAAUGAAAGCAGCCAUGAAGUCCUUACCACAUUUAGAUCAAAUCUGAUGAAGAAGUUUGAACGUCUCUAUGAGGGAACAGCAAAGCAGGGAAACCCAACACUCCUGAAUGAGAUCUACACAGAGCUCUACAUCACAGAGGGUGACAGUGGAGAGAUCAGUAAUGAGCAUGAGGUGAGACAGAUUGAGACACAAUCCAGGAGAGCAGCAACAGAGGACACACCGAUCAAAUGCAAUGACAUCUUUAGACCUUUACCUGGACAAAACAAACCCAUCAGAACUGUGCUGACAAAGGGAGUCGCUGGCAUUGGAAAAACAGUCUCUGUGCAGAAGUUCAUCCUAGACUGGGCUGAAGGGAAAGAGAAUCAGGAUGUCCAGCUCAUAUUUCCACUUCCUUUCAGAGAGCUCAAUUUGAUGAAGGACAAAACAUUCAGUCUUUCAGAUCUUCUUCAUGUCUUUUUCCAUGAAACAAAACAAAUGGAAAUAUUCAGUGACAAAUAUAAAGUGUUGUUCAUCUUUGAUGGUUUGGAUGAGUGUCGUCUGUCUCUGGAUUUUCAGAGUGAUGUGAGGUUGUGUGAUGUAAGUGAAUCAGCCUCAGUUGACGUGCUGCUGAUGAACCUCAUUGCGGGGAAUCUGCUUCCCUCUGCUCUCAUCUGGAUUACCUCCAGACCAGCAGCAGCUGAACUCGUCCCCUCUAAGUGUGUCCAUCGAGUGACAGAGGUACAAGGCUUCAAUGAGCCACAGAAGGAGGAAUACUUCAGGAAGAGAAUCAGUGAUCAGAGUCUGGCCAAUACAAUCAUCUCACACCUGAAGUCAUCAAGGAGCCUCUACAUCAUGUGCCACAUCCCAGUGUUCUGCUGGAUCUCUGCCACUGUUCUAGAGAAGAUGUUGAGCGAAGCAGAGAGUGGAGAGAUUCCCAAGACUCUCACUCAAAUGUACACACACUUCCUGAUCCUUCAGACCAACAUCAAACAUGAGAAGGACUAUAAGAAGAACCUGACAGAUGAAGACAUGAUCCUCAAACUGGGGAAAGUGGCUUUUCAGCAGCUUGUGAAAGGCAAUGUGAUCUUCUAUGAGGAAGAUCUGAGAGAGUGUGGCAUUGAUGUGACAGAAGCAUCAGUGUACUCUGGAUUGUGCACUCAGAUCUUCAGAGAGGAGUCAGGCUUGUAUCAGGGGAAAGUCUUCUGCUUUGUUCAUCUGAGCGUUCAGGAACAUCUAGCAGCUUUAUAUGUGCACCUCUGCUUCACAAACAACAACAGAAAUCUAUUUGAUCCAGUCACCAAGUCAGAUUUGUUGUCUAUAAUUAAGGACCGGUUUCAACUCAUGUUUAAACAUGUUUUAUUUUCUGAGCUCCAUCAGAGAGCUGUGAAUGAGGCUCUACAAAGUAAAAAUGGACAUCUGGACCUUUUUCUACGGUUCCUUCUGGGUCUGUCAGUGGAUUCUCAUCAGAUUCUCCUACAGGGACUAAUGACACUGAGAAGAAGCCAAUCUGACAGAAAUGAGAAAACAGUUGAGUACAUCAAGGAGAAGAUCAGGACCAUUGACUCUCCAGAGAAAUCCAUCAAUCUGUUCCACUGUCUGAAUGAACUGGGUGAUCAUUCACUAGUGGAGGAAAUACAACAGUAUCUGCAAUCUGGAACAAUAAGUGAAGCCAGACUCUCUUCAUCUCAGUGGUCAGCUGUAGUUUUUGUGUUGCUGACAUCAGAGAAGAAGCUGGAUGAGUUUGAUAUUAAUAAAUUUGUUGGAGAAAACAAUAAAGCUGAAAAACUGACGGUUCUUCAGAAGCUGAUGCCUGUGAUUAAAGUUCAUUUGAGUGAUUGUGGUGUCACAGAGAAAGAUUGUGCUGCUCUGACUUCAGUUCUGAGAUCAAACCCCUCACAGCUGAAACAACUGAAUUUGAAUAAUAAAAAACUACGAGAUUCGGGUGUGAAGCUUCUCUCUGUUAUACUGGAAGAUCCUGACUGUAAACUGGAGAAACUCUGGUUGUGCAAUUGUGGAGUCACAGAUGAAGGUUGUGCUGCUCUGGCUUCAGCUCUGAGAUCAAACCCCUCACACCUGAGAGAACUGUAUCUGUCUGGGAAUAAACUAGGAGAUUCAGUUCAUCUGCUCUCUGCUGUACUGGAGGAUCCUCACUGUAAACUGGAGAUACUGUGGUUGAGAUAUUGUGGAGUCACAGAUGAAGGUUGUGCUGCUCUGGCUUCAGCUCUGAGAUCAAACCCCUCACACCUGAGAUAUCUGGAUCUGUCUAAAAAUCAACUAGGAGAUUCAGUUAAUCUGCUCUCUGCUGUACUGGAGGAUCCUCACUGUAAACUGGAGACACUGUGGUUGAGGGAUUGUGGAGUCACAGAUGAAGGUUGUGCUGCUCUGGCUUCAGCUCUGAGAUCAAACCCUUCACACCUGAGAGAUCUGGAUCUGUCUGGGAAUAAACUAGGAGAUUCAGUUCAUCUGCUCUCUGCUGUACUGGAGGAUCCUCACUGUAAACUGGAGAUACUGUGGUUGUGGGAUUGUGGAGUCACAGAUGAAGGUUGUGCUGCUCUGGCUUCAGCUCUGAGAUCAAACCCCUCACACCUGAGAUAUCUGGAUCUGUCUGUGAAUAAACUAGGAGAUUCAGUUCAUCUGCUCUCUGCUGUACUGGAGGAUCCUCACUGUAAACUGAAGACACUGUGGUUGUGGGAUUGUGGAGUCACAGAUGAAGGUUGUGCUGCUCUGGCUUCAGCUCUGAGAUCAAACCCCUCACACCUGAGAUAUCUGAAUCUGUCUGGGAAUAAACUAGGAGAUUCAGUUCAUCUGCUCUCUGCUGUACUGGAGGAUCCUCACUGUAAACUGGAGAUAUUGUGGUUGAGAUAUUGUGGAGUCACAGAUGAAGGUUGUGCUGCUCUGGCUUCAGCUCUGAGAUCAAACCCCUCACACCUGAGACGACUGAAUCUGUCUAAGAAUAAACUAGGAGAUUCAGUUCAUCUGCUCUCUGCUGUACUGGAGGAUCCUCGCUGUAAACUGGAGACACUGGCGUUGUGGGAUUGUGGAGUCACAGAUGAAGGUUGUGCUGCUCUGGCUUCAGCUCUGAGAUCAAACCCCUCACACCUGAGAUAUCUGGAUCUGUCUGUGAAUAAACUAGGAGAUUCAGUUCAUCUGCUCUCUGCUGUACUGGAGGAUCCUCACUGUAAACUGAAGACACUGUGGUUGUGGGAUUGUGGAGUCACAGAUGAAGGUUGUGCUGCUCUGGCUUCAGCUCUGAGAUCAAACCCCUCACACCUGAGAUAUCUGAAUCUGUCUGGGAAUAAACUAGGAGAUUCAGUUCAUCUGCUCUCUGCUGUACUGGAGGAUCCUCACUGUAAACUGGAGAUAUUGUGGUUGAGUGAUUGUGGAGUCACAGAUGAAGGUUGUGCUGCUCUGGCUUCAGCUCUGAGAUCAAACCCCUCACACCUGAGACGACUGAAUCUGUCUAAGAAUAAACUAGGAGAUUCAGUUCAUCUGCUCUCUGCUGUACUGGAGGAUCCUCGCUGUAAACUGGAGACACUGGCGUUGAGGGAUUGUGGAGUCACAGAUGAAGGUUGUGCUGCUCUGGCUUCAGCUCUGAGAUCAAACCCCUCACACCUGAGACAUCUGAAUCUGUCUGGGAAUAAACUAGGAGAUUCAGUUCAUCUGCUCUCUGCUGUACUGGAGGAUCCUCACUGUAAACUGGAGAAACUGUGGUUGAGGGAUUGUGGAGUCACAGAUGAAGGUUGUGCUGCUCUGGCUUCAGCUCUGAGAUCAAACCCCUCACACCUGAGACAUCUGAAUCUGUCUGGGAAUAAACUAGGAGAUUCAGUUCAUCUGCUCUCUGCUGUACUGGAGGAUCCUCACUGUAAACUGGAGACACUGUGGUUGAUGAAUUGUGGAGUCACAGAUGAAGGUUGUGCUGCUCUGGCUUCAGCUCUGAGAUCAAACCCCUCACACCUGAGACAACUGAAUCUGUCUGAGAAUAAACUAGGAGAUUCAGUUCAUCUGCUCUCUGCUGUACUGGAGGAUCCUCGCUGUAAACUGGAGACACUGUGGUUGUAUGAUUGUGGAGUCACAGAUGAAGGUUGUGCUGCUCUGGCUUCAGCUCUGAGAUCAAACCCCUCACACCUGAGAUAUCUGAAUCUGUCUGGGAAUAAACUAGGAGAUUCAGUUCAUCUGCUCUCUGCUGUACUGGAGGAUCCUCACUGUAAACUGGAGAAUCUGUGGUUGAGGGAUUGUGGAGUCACAGAUGAAGGUUGUGCUGCUCUGGCUUCAGCUCUGAGAUCAAACCCCUCACACCUGAGAGAUCUGGAUCUGUCUGGGAAUAAACUAGGAGAUUCAGUUCAUCUGCUCUCUGCUGUACUGGAGGAUCCUCACUGUAAACUGGAGAUACUGUGGUUGAGAUAUUGUGGAGUCACAGAUGAAGGUUGUGCUGCUCUGGCUUCAGCUCUGAGAUCAAACCCCUCACACCUGAGACGACUGAAUCUGUCUAAGAAUAAACUAGGAGAUUCAGUUCAUCUGCUCUCUGCUGUACUGGAGGAUCCUCGCUGUAAACUGGAGACACUGGCGUUGGAGGAUUGUGGAGUCACAGAUGAAGGUUGUGCUGCUCUGGCUUCAGCUCUGAGAUCAAACCCCUCACACACGAUAGAACUGAAUCUGUCUGGGAAUAAACUACAAGAUUCAGAUGUGAAGCUUCUCUCUGAUCUAAAGAAUGAUCCACAUUAUAAACUGGAGACACUAGAUCACAACUGACUCUCAGUAUUCAGACGUCAGUCCAGUUUCCUCAGGAUCAGCUGAUGGUGAGCCGCUAGAGACGUCACAGUCACACAGUCAACAGAGACUGAAGACACAGAGACACACAGAGAUCACACUGUCAUGUGUGUGACUUCACAGCAGUUUCUUGUUUGUAUCUUUUUGUGGGUCUGAUCUUUUGAAUUACAGAUGUCAUCAGAUUUCCACAAUGAUCUAAUAGAGGACUUGAACUCUCUGAUGAAUAAUGUAAAAUUCUUCUAUUUGUGACCCAUGAAAACAAGUGCUGAAAAUUGAUUUGGUAUUGAUUAGAUAUUGUGCUGCUUGAUUACAAUGUUGAUGGUGUAACAUCCAAUAUACACUGAAAGUGACAUGAAAUUACAAAAUUACAUUAUUUUAAUCAACAAGAUACAGUUGAGCUCAAAAGUUUACAUACCCCUUGCAGAAUCUGCAAAAAUGUGAAUCAUUUUAACAAAAUAAGAAGGAUCAUGAAAAUUGCAUGUUAUUUUUUAUUUAGUACUGUCCUUAAUAAACUAUUUCACAUAACAGUUGUUUACAUAAAGUCCACAAGACAAAAAAAUAAAUUCUGCUAUCAAAAUUACCCCAUUCAAAAGUUUACAUACCCUUGAUUCUUAAUACUAACAUGUUUCCCAGAAAACAAAAAAAGUACAAUUUAUUCUGUUCUUCCAAUUCAAAAGUUUACAUCCCCGACUCUUAAUGUGUCGUGUUUCCUUCUGGAGCAUCAGUGAAUGUUUGAACCUUGUUUAAUACUUGUGUUUGAGUCCCUCAAUAGUCCUCAGUGUGAAAAGAUGGAUCUCAGAAUCAUACAGUCACUGCUGAAAAGGGUUCAAAUAUGCAGAAGAUGCUGGAAAACUGAAGAAUCUGCAGGACCUGGAGGAUUUUUCUGAAGAACAGAGCUCAGUUUAACUGCUCAGGACAAACAAGGACUCAUGAACAACCAUCACAAAACAAAAAAAACAGUCGUGGAUCAUCCAGGUAACCACACACAGUAUUAAGAAUCAAGGGUAUGUAAACUUUUGAACAGGGUCAUUUUUGUCACGACCGGGGAUAGAACCCAGAAUGUGUUGCUGGUAGCCCAAUGCUCUAACCACUAUACCACAGUGUAGUGGUUAGACCCAAAUUGCAGAGAAUCACAAGAGGCAGGAUUGGAGAAAAAACAAACAGUCUUUACUUAAUGUCCUUCUUGAAUAAACAAAAAUUAAGCACCAAAAGCAGGGCUGAAGAAGGUACAGAUCCACAAGGCAAAAAUGUCCAAAAACAUAAAGCAAAGUUUCCAAGUAAGCAGGUCAAAGGACCGAGUAAAAAGUCUCUCACAGUAAUCCAAACAAGGGCCAAAAGAUCUGUCAGAAAAACUUCAAGACUGAGCAAAGAUACAAACAAAUGCAGGUCUUAUAUAUGCCCACAAACACACACUAACAAGCCAGGCACAGGUGAUAUCAUUGAGCUAAUAAUGAACAGGAAGUCAGGAGGAAGUUGUGGAAGGUCUUGUGCUCUCCGUUUCCCUCUGCUGGACAGACCGUGGUGUGACACAUUUUAAUAAAUUCAGCAAUUUUUUUGUCUGGUGGACUUUAUGUAAACAACUGUUAUGUGAAUAUGCGGAUGUUAGCAGUCUGAACAAACACUAACAGUCUGGGUUUCAGUGAGACUGGAACAGACCAAACUGAUCUGAGCAUCUUACUGUGGCUAAAUAUGCAGACUGUGUUUGGGCAUGAAGAGACAAGAACAUCAUUUUAACUGCAAGCUGUUAGAUGUUAUGACAGGUAAUAACGGCUGAUAAGUUAGAGUUUGUCCAGACCACUAACCACUGCCCAUUUACUGACUCACAUAUUUCUAUAUUCUAGUAGUUCCAUUGGUUCUGUCAUAGGAGACCCUGGUGUUGUGUUUAAUUCAUAGUUUAUAGCGCCUCCUUGUGAACACUUGUCAUUAAUGCAACUAGAUCUUCUUAGUGGCCUCCUGUGUAUUCUCCAUUUAUUUUAGUCUUUUUUUUUAUUUGGACAUAUAUUUUGUUAAAUUUAUUUAGUUAAAUAAAAUAGAACGACCAGGUAGCUCAUAAUGUCCUGUGCCUUUCACCUGGUCUGCUAUGAUGAGACUAGA